UUCUUUUAUUCAUGUUUUUCCAACGCUGUACAAUUGUACUUUCAUCUCCAUUCGUUAACCGAAGUUUUUCCAGAUUUUCAGCAGUUUUUUUUAACAACACACAUUUACUUAGAAGCAUGUAUACCUACAGCGAACGUGGCGGUCAAGAUACGAUAGAAUAUCGUGGAUUUUUUUCUGGACCAAAUGGUUAUAUUUCCCCAAUGCAUGAUAUUCCAUUGUAUGCAGAUAGCGAGAAAAAUAUUUUUAACAUGGUUGUGGAAAUUCCAAGGUGGACCAAUGCAAAGAUGGAGAUCAAUUUAGCUGAAAAAUUAAACCCUAUUAAACAGGACAUCAAAAAAGGGAAAUUAAGAUAUGUCAAUAAUGUCUUUCCUUAUCAUGGUUAUAUAUGGAAUUACGGCGCUCUGCCGCAAACAUGGGAAGACCCAAAUGAAGUAGAUCCUGACACAAAUUGCAAAGGAGAUGGAGAUCCUAUUGAUGUUUGUGAGAUUGGAACAAUGGUAGCAGCAAGAGGUGAUGUGAAGCAAGUGAAAGUUCUUGGUGUGAUGGCAUUGAUUGACGAGGGCGAAACUGAUUGGAAAUUGAUUGCAAUUGACGUCAAAGAUCCACUGGCUUCUAAAAUGAAUGAUAUUGGUGAUGUUGACAAAUGCAAGCCUGGGCUCCUGAAGGCCACACAUGAAUGGUUUAAAAUCUAUAAAGUUCCGACUGACAAACCGUUUAAUACAUUUGCAUUUGAUGGAGAAGCCAAAAACCAGGCCUUCGCUUUGAAAGUUAUUGGAGAUUGUAAUGAACACUGGUCCAAAAUGAUGGCAAACUCUCAGCCACCGAAAGACCUAAGCCGCGAGAACACAACUCUAAACAAUACCAGUUCAAUCACGGCAGCAGCUGCACAGACAAUUGUCGAUCAGGUCCCAGCAACAGGUAAUCCUGGGGUUGUUAGUCCUGAUGUUGAUAAAUUGUUUUAUGUGCCACAAACUUAAGCCCGGAAAUUCUACAAGACUUUUCUGAAGAGGAGACAUCAGACUUGACAUCAAAAGAAUCAUUAUUAUCUGUUGUAUUAAAUAAAUAAAUGAUGCUGAACAUGUAA